UUUCCAUUUCUUAUGGAAGCAUGUACUUUUGCCCUCUUUCUCUUCUCUCACUCUUUCCCAUAACAUCAGGUCCCACUUUACUGUCUCCUCUGCGCUUUCGGCUCACGCGAACCCAAAGGUUGCUUGAGGGGAAAGCAUGUGUGUACCUGUGAAUUAGUGUCCCACGCAUGUCUCAUCGCCGCCAUCAGCACCUUUAACAUUUCUCGAUCCCUUCUCCCCUCCACCACCAGUUAUUAGUAAACAUAGGGGGAUGAAACGUCUAGCGAGGGUCACCCUGUUGACCUCUCUACAAAGUGUAUGGAUCUUGUUUGGCGACACACAGCCCAGAGCGAUGCCUGAGGGCCAGGGAGUUGAAGACUUCUUCCUUUGCUCUCAUUGGAAAAUGAGGGGUCAGCAGCAGUCGCACUUCAAAUAAGUCAUAAUUACCUCCCGUCACUGGCUUAAUAUCUCCACUGAAGACCUGAGCGGGUCAAGCCUGGGUUAGCGCUGCAUGUGGGUUCAUCAUUGUGCUCUAUUCAGUGUUUGCGUUGAUGUUUUUAACCUACGAUGACUUUAUUUUUAUGUUAUGCAUGGCAAGCAUCCUGUCAUCACACUUGUAUUAUUAACUGAAGCCCAGAUGAAAGCUUAAUUGCACUACACGAAUAAUAACCAUGAAAAGUAAAGAUCAUGGCUCUGAUCUUUACUUUAAGACUCCGAUUCCCUUCUGGUGCGUACGUGUUAUUAGUCAUAAGUAAUGAAUAGUUAGGAAAAGCACAAUCAGAUUGUAUUUAUUACAGUACUUGUCCUAAUAAGAAUGACUACCUGCAGUAUACAGCAAUGCUGUUGCUCUCUCCGCCGGCACCAAAGGGAUCAUUUCCCCCCCCCCGAGAUAAUGUUGUGUCUCUGGGUGAAACAUCCGUCAUCUGUGGCAUCUACCUCAUUACACAACACUUCCACAAUGAAGACGUGAUAAUGGGAGGAGAACUGUUUCAUACAAGCUCAGUGUGUGAUUUAUCUAAGGCCACUCUCUCUCUCUGUAAUUCAAAAUACAGCACCACAAGCUGCCUGCUAAAUCAAAUCAUCAUACAGCAACUGUGAUCCGAGAGGGAUACAGCAGCGCCCUACAUACUGUACAGUAAUGAUGAGAAUGCAGGUUAAAUUGUUGUUCUUGCUUCUUCUGUUUUGUAGGCUUGUGUAUGACAUGAAUGACAAACAGGACAGGACUUAUGUGUGCGGCGCCCCGGGCUGCUCUCAGCGCUUCCAGUUAGAGGAGCAUCUGGUCAGCCACAGACGCAAGCACGAGAUGUCCCUCAAGUUCUCCUCCAUCAAGACGGACACGGCUUUCACAGACCAGACUCCGACGCCAACCCGAUUUUUGCAGAACUGUGAAGAGGUCGGUCUGUUCAAGGAGAUAGAGGAAGAGUUUCUUCAAGCACAAGAAGAAGAGAAGAGCAAACAGAGGCUUUCUCAUAAUGGGCCGCCCUGUAUGAACCAGCAGCAGCUCAAACCCCAGCUUCAGCUCCAGCACCCACCCCAACCUCAGCACUCACAGCCGCAGCCACCGCUGCACCAUCCUCAGACCCAUCCCCUGCAGCACCCUCACUCUCAUGGCCCCAUGAUGGGCCCCAGCUGCAGCCUGGCUGCCCAGCAAGCUCUGUCCUCCUCGCAGUCUGGAUCAGUCAUCACCCAGGCUUCUUCCACCCUCACACACUCAGGGCCAGUUCCCGGGUCACUGUCGUCCCUCCUCCACAUGCGGAACAGACAAAGACAACCGCUGCCAGCCUCCUUACCUGGCACCCUGCCAGACCCCGCCAUGCAAGGGGCAUCUGCUCAGCACAUGCCUAUAGAGAAGCAGAUGUCGUGUAUAAUGGGUAUACCAGGCCCAGGACACAACCCCUCCUGUUCCUCGCCCCAGAGAUCCAAACAGGCUCUGGGCCACCAUUUCCAACAGCACCACCCAGCAAUGGUCGCCGUCAACAACCCGGUGACAUCCAUGGGUCACAUGAUGGACAUGAUGUCACAGCGUCAUCAGGCACCUCCACUACAACACCACCACCAUCAUUCUCAUCAUCCACAGCUUCAAGCUCCACCCCUCACCUUCCAGCAGCGAUGCCAUGCUUCACCUCCGGAGCACAUGGGAAGCAGCCACGGCCACCAUGCUCAGGCUCACCAAGCCCCGCCUCCACAUCUGCACCAGGGCUCGCCUCCUGCACCUCCCCUGUCUGUUCCAGCACAGUUAUCACCAGUUGCACAGCAGAUGCAGUCCUCCCAUCCAUCCCACUCCCAGCAUGCAGUGCAGGGAGGUGGUAGCUGCAGCGUUGAAGGAGGCGGCGGCAGCAACCGUCGCAGGAGGACGUCGGAGCAAGACCCUGACGAGCGCAGGCAGAAGUUUCUGCAGCGGAACCGGGCUGCAGCCACCCGCUGCCGACAGAAGAGGAAAGUGUGGGUGUCGUCGCUGGAGAAGAAAGCUGAAGAGUUGACGCACACAAACCUGCAGCUACAGAACGAGGUGACGUCAUUGAGGUCAGAGGUGGGUCAACUGAAGCAGAUUCUGCUCACCCACAAGGACUGUCCCGUCACCGCCCGGCAGAGAGCGGCACAGGGGUACCCCACUGCAGGGGUGAGCCCAGGCGGAAGUCCCACCCCUGUAGGUCCUGGGUCUCAUCUGCAGGCCAUCCAACACAACAGCAUCUCCACGUCCUCGACGGCUGGAGGCGACACUGGGCACGACCCCAGGCCUGGACGUUAGCCCUCACCACACAGAGGAGGGGAUGGGACUGGAUGGCUGCCAGACUGAAUUAUCUUUCUGUCAAAACUACACUAAAGUCUCACUCAGCUGCGGAUCCGUGUGUCUUUACAUUGUAGAUGAAAUACUGAACUGGAUAGGUGAAUUUAGAAAUCCAUGUGAACACUGAGGUAUUUUUCUUUUCUGGUUGGAGAGGAGACCAGAACCACAUACGGAUACAUUUCCAUAACCGGUGCAAAAAUGACCUUUUCUGAAAGCCUUGUUAAAACCUGUGAUGGUUACAUGGCAACUGGAUCCUGUGUUUAUUCAGAAAGUGUUUCCGUUCACAGCAAUCUAACCAUUGCCUGCUACCCGCUGACUAUGCACAGACACAACCAUACACAUUGUUUCAGUAUGUUUUCCUCUUAUACCUUGCACUUUAGUUUUAUAUUUCAAACAGAGCAUCUGCGAGCGCACACCUUCUGCCUUGUCUUAUCAAAGCUAUGUAUUUUUCAUGCUAAGGCAAAAAAAUUUAUAUUUAAAAUUUUAGAAUCGAACCCACAGCUGUUCUGGAAAGCCAUUUAGAACAGGAUUGUACAGUAUUUCCUUUGACACACUUUUAUAAACUGCCCAAAGACACGAAAUAACUAUAAACUGCA